AUGGCUGCUUUACAAAGCAUUUGUGCGUUGAUUUUAAUCUCAAAAAUAUUCCAGUCUGGCGAAUGCCAAAUCAUUCAUCAGGCUGUUUUCCGAAAAGAGCAACAAAAAUACUUAGCGAAUCAUGUCAUUGAUACAAAACAUGCACAUACCGAAUCUGAGUGUUAUAUAUAUUGCGUUAGAGAUAAAUCAUGUGUGUCAGUCAAUUUUAAAACCUCUGGAACCGGUGAAGGUUUGUGUGAGCUCAACAGUAAGACACUUCAAGAGAUAUCUUACGCUGAUGAAAGCAAGCAUAACGCAGAAUUCAACCAUCUUUACAAAGUUGAAAAGAAACAGGCAGAUCCUUCCCAAUCUUGCCCGAAACUUCAGGCGACAACACAGUCACCAAAAUCAGGACAAUGCAAAGAGGGCGCACUGGGAAUGGAAAACAUGAACAUUUCUGAUUUCCAGAUAAAGGCAUCAACCAACUGGAGUGAUACCUAUCCCGCACGAAAGGCUCGAUUGAAAGGCCCUGGUGCCUGGCGCGCGAAAUAUGAAAAUGAUCCAUGGAUUGAAGUUGAUCUUAGGAGAAAUGAGAUUAUCUCAGUGAUUGCAACUCAAGGCCAAUCGGGAUCAAAUGAGUGGGUGAAAAUUUUCACUGUCUCCUAUAGCUCAGAUGGAAAAAACUUUGAUUUUCAUAAAAUAAACGGAAUAAUUAGGGAAUUCAGUGGAAAUUAUGACCAGAAUUCCAUUGUGAGAAAUCCUUUAUCACCGGCUGUGACAGCGCGUUAUAUUCGUUUACACCCAAAGACAUGGUACAGAAACGCAGCCAUGAGAUUCGAACUUUAUGGUUGUACAGUGAAUACCAUUCCUUGUAAAGCUGGUGAAAAGACACUUGGCGUGGAAGAUAAUAAAAAAGUUAAAGAUUCUCAAUUGACUUCUUCGAGUUAUUGGUCAACAAAUCACUCAGCAGCCUAUGGACGAUUGUACAACUACACUGGAAGUUGGGGAUGGAAAGCAGGAGUAGACAACAAGAAACAGUGGAUACAGGUUGAUCUUGGCAAGAAGGAAGUUGUCACAGGGAUUUCCACUCAGGGAGGACGCUAUUAUCAAAAUUAUUAUCGUUAUUGUCGUGUGAAGUCUUAUUCCCUGAAGCAUAGUUUGAAUGGAACAAUGUUCGAGUCUUACAAAGAUGGAGGUGUUGUUAAGAUAUCCGUCGGGAAUAACGACUACCGUACCAUCGUAAAAAAUGUUCUGUCUCCACCAAUCACUGCUCGUUAUAUUCGUAUACAUCCAGUGUCUUGGGAUCGCAACAUAUGUAUGCGUAUUGAGCUUUAUGGUUGUUACUGAGAAAUUGUAGAAUGGCUAACUCAAAAAGCAUUCCUAAUAUCUUAUUGUUGUCCUUGGCUUGGUAAAUCUUAAUAUACGAAGCAGUUUAAUACAGCGGCGUAGCCAGAACGAUAAUUGGGGGGUUCCAUAUUCAUAUAUUCG